GUUAUAAUCUUCAGAGUAAAAUAAUGAGAGAUAGCAUUUGCAGUUUUAGUUUUGUCUUCGUGCUCCUAAUAUUGGCCCUUUGCUGGGCUCAAAAGGAUCCACAGUUCCAUGACAAUCGCACCACAAUUGUACAUUUGUUUGAAUGGACCUGGCCGGAAAUUGCUCGAGAGUGUGAGGAAUUUUUGGGGCCUCAGGGAUAUGGUGGUGUACAGAUAUCCCCACCAAAUGAAGUCAUUGUGACCGACAACUGGUGGGCCCGUUACCAACCGGUGUCCUAUAAACUCAUCUCCCGAUCUGGUUCUGAAUCCGAUUUGUCCGACAUGAUAAGGCGCUGCAAUCAGGCAGGGGUACGCACCUACGUGGACAUUGUGGUCAAUCACAUGUCGGGCUAUAAGGAUGGUGAUACUCUGGGCACAGCCGGUUCUGUGGCCAAUUAUGGUCAACGUAGCUGGCCUGCCGUACCCUAUGGACCCGAAGAUUUUCAUCCCACCUGUGAUAUAUCCAAUUAUCAGGAUAGACAACAAGUUCGAAAUUGUCAAUUGUCAUCGCUGGCUGAUUUGAAUCAAACGGUGCCCCAUGUUCGGGACAUGAUUGUUGGGUACAUGGAUCAUUUGACAGAUUUGGGUGUGGCUGGUUUUCGCAUUGAUGCUGCCAAACAUAUGUGGCCCGAGGAUUUGGAGGUUAUUUAUGGUCGUCUCAAGGAUUUAAAUACGGAUUUUGGUUUUCCAGCAAAUACCAAGCCUUAUAUUUAUCAGGAGGUGAUUGAUCUGGGAGGAGAGGAGAUUAAGAAAAGCGAAUACAACCAUUUGGGCGCCGUCACUGAAUUCAAAUUCUCCACCGACAUUGGUUUGGUGUUCCGCAACAAAAUCCCCUUGAAAUCUCUGAAAAACUGGGGCCCUGAGUGGAAUAUGCUACCCUCGGAAGAUGUCAUCGUUUUCUUGGAUAACCAUGACAAUCAACGUGGCCAUGGAGCUGGUGGUGCUGAUAUUCUGACCCACAAAGUUCCCAGCCUCUACAAACCGGCCGUGGCAUUUAUGUUGGCCCAUCCCUAUGGCAAGGUGGCCAGAGUCAUGAGCUCCUAUGCUUUUGAUAACAGUGAUCAGGGACCUCCUGCCCAUGAGGAUGGUUCCAUUAAAGCUCCCAGUUUUCUGUCCAAUCAGCAAUGCGAUACUGCAAAUAACGGCUGGGUAUGUGAACAUCGCUGGCCAGAAAUUGUGGAGAUGGUCAAGUUCCGCAACUUGGUUAAUGAUGCCCCUUUGGAGAAUUGGUGGGACAAUGAGGGAAAACAGGUGGCCUUUUCACGCGGCAACAAGGGUUUUGUGGCUUUCAACUUGGAAGAAGAUUCGGAACUGGAUGUGAAUUUGAGCACCGGUUUAGCUGCAGGUGAAUAUUGUGAUGUCAUUUCCGGUGGUAGGUUGGGAAAUCAAUGUGGAGGUGUUAAAGUCGUGGUGACCGAAGAUGGCAGUGCUGACAUAAAACUCCCCAAGGGACCACAAGUUUUGGCAAUUUCUAGCCAAUCAAAACUUCAAUGAGUUUUUUUGUUGUUGCAGAAGUUAUUUGAAUAAAAAAUUGUUUUCCAAAAUUGA